CACUACCACCUGUCCAUCCCCACUCAUCCACACCACUCUCCCUGCUAGUCCAGUGUCCUCCUCACCAUCUAGCACAAAAACCCUCUCCCACAUCGUCGCCUCCGCCACCCUCACACUCACCCACGCUCCCAAGAAACCACCAGCAUCCAAGCAGCGGCCGGCGGUCACCUAUCUCCCACUCCGAUGGGGCGCCCGCGUCCCAAGAAGCGCCCUCCGACCCACUCCGAGGCGGGGGUGGAGGAGGAAGAGGCGCUCAUGUUGCCGGUCGGCGCGGAGGUGGAGGUGCGCAGCGACGAGCCCGGCUUCGAGGACUCCUUCUACGAGGCCACGGUCGCCGGCCACCUGAUCUCGCGCCACCGCCGCCGCUACACGCUGACCUACUCGACGCUGCUGGCCGAGGAGGGGGGCCCGCUGAAGGACACCGCGGAUGCCGCCGACGUGCGCCCGCGGCCUCCGCCACCGCGCGACGAAAACGCGGCCGCGGCGCCGAGGGGGUUCGCGAUCUGCGACAUGGUGGAGGCCUUCCACAGGGACGGGUGGUGGGCCGGCGUGGUCUCCGCCGUUCCGACGCCGCCGGGGACGGGGGAUCGCCCGCGCGGGGUGUACGAGGUGACCUUCCCGACGUCGCGGGAGACGAUGGAGUUCGAGGAGACGGCUCUGCGGCCGCACCGCGUGUUCCUGGACGGCCGGUGGGUCCCCGCUGCAGAGGUGGACAAUGGAAGUCCUUUGUUCAGUGAAGGAAACCAAGUUGAAGUGAGUCGGUCUGAAAAAAACUCUGGUGAAUCGUGGAGUCCAGCUACUGUUAUAAAAGUGAUUGGUGCACAUUUCCUAGUUCAGUACAUACAUAUUGAAAAGAAUAAGGAAUUGGUUACUGAGGUUGUGGAUUCUGCAAAUAUUCGGCCAGCAUGCAUCAUCACGCGUAUGACCUCUAGGUACAGAUUUUCUCCAUCUUCACAUGUUGAGGUACUUCAUCAAGGUAGCUGGUGGGCUGGAGUUAUUGUGGAAGUAUUAGGUAGUGGAAUCGACAAGAAGUAUGCAGUGGAGUUGGAGGAUCACGAGACAUAUAUUGAGCACGUGGAUUGUGCGGGUGUGCUGACAGUUGAAAAUACGCAGUUGAGGCCACGGUAUUGCUGGGACGGUAAAAAAUGGGUACGCUACUUCGAAGAGAAACCUGCUAAAGGAUGUAGAUUAACUGCUCGAAAAAGGCCAAUUUCUGCUUCUUCAGCAUUGCAUGAUGGAGGUGAUGGUUCUUGUCGUGACAAAAAGUUGAAGAAGGCAGAUGUAUCUUCUUGUGAGAAAAAUUUGAUGAAGGCGGAUGUAGUGUCAGAAUCAAUUUCUCCUAUCAUGUCUGUUAGUGAAAAGUGUAAAAUCAAUCAUAUGUCCUCCUAUUCCGAAGAAACGAUGGAGCAACGAAAUGCAGUACUAGCAUUAGCGUGUCAGUUGUCACCUCCUUCACUGCCACCAAUGACAGCACUUGGCCAUCUGAAUCCAUCUUCACUUGGUCCAAGCUAUCAUCUUGAACAAUUAUCACCCGAGAUGACUAUCAUACCUUCUAUGCCACAAGGUGCAUUUUUAGGAACACGAUCUCAUGACUCAGAUUGGCCAAACAUAGUAUUAAAUGAUCAGGAAAAACAGUCAACUGUUGGAAGUAGGACUGAUCUGUCAAGACAAAAGGAGGAAUGCGUUCCUUUUCAAACACCGGAUGCUCUAGGGGAGAGCACUGAAACUCCAAAGGAAGGGAUAGCUGCUAAAACUACUGAGGAAGACAACAACAUGUUAGCUAUCUUUGCAGACUUGGCUCAACUGCCUAAUGAUAUGAUCGCUGGAUGUGAAAUACUUUCAGAAUUGAAAACAGGGAGUUGUAUUGACCUGACACCACGCAAGUACACCACAGGUUCACAAGCAAGGAAUCAAACACCUUAUAUUAAGCAAGGGGGCUAUGCUGGUGAAACAAGUGUUGAGCAGGAUACUGGUGAAGAUUUAUGUCAGAGGUAUUUGGUUAUGCCUGAUGAUGCUAACGUUCAUUUCUUGCCUUCAGAAAAGGGUUGCGAAGCUACUGUACAUGACGGUCAGCUCUGUAUGGAGAACGCAGCAGCUAUGCCAGAGUGCAUGACUGGUUCUGUUGCUCCAGCCGAGGACUUGUGUAUUGUAUCUCGAGCUGCUUUAGAUGGUGCUAUGCCAAACCCGCUACAAUUGGCUGUGAAGUUCGAAAUUACCGGAAGUCGCACCGACGGGUUCUCAGCCAGUAGCCAGUACAUCCAGAAGUCGACAGUAACCCAGUUGUCUUCAGUUGGUAUGGACAAUUGUACUGAAACAGAACCUGGUAAUAGCUUGGCUAUAAUAAAAUACGUGGAGGCUGCACCAAUGUCCAGAACACAUGAUUCUCGAUGCCCCUUGUCACCAGAAGCUUUAGAUGUGCAUGAGAGUAUCAUCGACACGAAUGAUGGGUUUUCGGAAGCCUUGGCCAUCCAGCAUCUUCCGUUUGUGAAGACAUCCCCAUUAUGGGCAGAGCUUGAGGCACUGGAAAUAUUCAGUAAAGUGCCACAGAGACCAAAAUUCCACCUGGUCCAGCAAUAUUGUCCAGAGCUCCGUGAAGGAAUGGCAUUAGGUUUGAUGGUCUCUUUUGCUAGUUUAGCAGAAAGCAUCAGCAGGAUGGAGAUUCAGGAUGACACUGGACCGUUCGAACAGAAGAUGCUGGGUCUUUCUUUGCUGGAGGCAAAUGGUUUUGAUGUCAGGGACAUGAGAUCGCGCCUGGAAACUUUGCUUGACACAAGGAAUAGGCGCGGCGAACUACAGGAUGGUAUGAGAAAGUUGAGAGAGAAGAUUGCUAACAAAGAAGCUGACGAUAGAGAACUCAGCCUGGAAAUUCGCAUGCUAGCUACGGCUCUCCAUCAUCUUGAACUACAUGCCUGUGUUAUGCGCGAUGUAAUGCGGUCUGCCAUCUCCCGGAAGGUGAACACUGCCAUGGUGAUCUCAAGGCUCAAAGCAGAAGUGAACAAGCUGGAGCGAUCAUAUGUAUCCACCACUGUGCCACGGUGAGUUUGGUUCGGAGCAUAUCAACACGCAUAUGUAGGUACUUUCUUACUACUGGUAAGUGGUGGAGAACACCUAGUUAGAUGUUGUGUAAAUAGCUCCUAAUGCCAUCCUUGGGUUGGCGGCACUAGUGGUGAAUGUUUUGUGUAUGGGAUGGUGGGUUAGUCCAUGUGCAAUAUGCUACUGGUGAAUGUUUUGUGUGUGAUGUGUGCUGGUUUAAAUCCAGAGGAAGCUAGCUCGUUCUGGCGGCA